ACGCGUCCGAAGAACCGUGCCUCACCCGCCGAAUAAUCGAUGCCAAGCUCGUGAUCGUUGUCUGCCCGAUGAGACACCGCCUUCACCGCUGACGCAAAUGCGACUGCGAAGAGCCUACCUACCUCCUGUGAAGACCCUUGCAAAACGAUCUCAAGUUUACAAUAACCGUUCAGAAAGUGAAGAUACAUCCAGUGACAUUAGCGCUCUCGGAGGAGGAUGCGCUGGGUGCGGACGAAAGAGGAAUGUAUCAAACUGGACGAUGAUCCAUCCAUGCGGACACAUUCUCUGCUGGACUUGUUUCUCCGCUACGAUCGCUUCGGUAACUAAGAGUCACGCCGCAUCCAAAUGCACAGCUUGUCAAGGCGAUUGUCUCUCAAUCAAGAGACAUUAUGGACCGGUGCCGAAAGACAAUGGGCCUGAACAUUGCAAUGCAGUCAAUCCUGGCGCGUCCACCCCUUGUUGUAGUGAUACAAUCGUUCUCAGAAUCGACAAUGUUGAUGUCACUCCCCAGAUCGUUGAGAACUUUCUGCCUAAAAAUGUCCUGCCACAGGAACACCCUCAGCCCAUACACAUCCUUAUUGACCGAUUCGAUGGCAGAACGAAGGACUAUAUGUAUAUUGAAGCGGCGAGUGAUGUGACAGCUCGUAAAAUUCUCAAGAAACGACAAAAUGGGAUGAUGCCUUGUGGAGGUCAAGAUGGCAAGACUCGAGCCGUAACUAUCACCAGAGUCACGCAUCAUGAGCUUUCGGCAGAGCUUCGACCUAAAGGUCCACAAGAAUUAACUGCCCUGCUGGCCUUGUGUCAAGCUGCAGUCGCUUUACCGAAUCGUGCUGAUCGUGACCUAUGCCACUCACCAUCUGUGACUCGCAGCGGCCUGGCACACUUUGUCAAAUCUCGUCAUGGCCCGUUCUAUGCCAUCAUGUCCAUUCUGACAAAGCUUCGAGGCCCAGAAAGCCCAGCCUAUUGGGACCUGUUCAAUCUAACAUCCGGUAUUUACACCGUUUAUCACUGACCCUAUGCGGAACCUGACCAGCCUCUCUCCUCAGGGGCCAUCGCUGCACUUGCAAGAGCCUGUCGAGCUCCUGCAUCAAGGAAGCGUGCGCCCCCGCCUAGACACACAGAAGAUGAAGAGAUGCUUGUCAAGCUUCAGAAGAUGUACAACAAGUGUUUUACCUUUGCAGAGACCUCACCGUGAAGACGCAACCGCCCCUUCUCAAAGAUCAGGGGAACAAACUAUUCGAGACUCAAAGCACAGAACAUUGGUUUCUUCAAGCUUGCCAUUUCGUCAAGUCCUCCACAUCCUCCGCUACUUGUGCGAUACGUUCACCUAUACCCCGCUACCCCGCUCCAGAUUCGCUGCGCCAUCCUAAACGUUGUAUUUUGCAGUUGUUCAUCUCAAGUGGAGUCAAGACCUCGGAGGCCGUGAGACGAACAAGCAAGCGAGAGACAUUGUUUAUAUAGACCCUACAAUAUAUC